AUGGAGACUCCUCCGCCCCACCUCGAGAAAAUGGGCAGAGAACUCAAGUGCCCCAUCUGCGCUUGCAUUGUGAAGUCGAUGAAAUCGGGUUCCAAUUGUCCUGUUUGUAAAAUUCCAUAUCGGCGUAGGGAGGUUCGCCCGGCUCCUCACAUGGAUAAUUUGGUUAGUAUUUACAAGAGCAUGGAACAUGCUUCGGGAAUUAAUAUAUUUGUCACUCAGAAUGCACCCUCAACUAAAUCAUCAGAUGGAAAACAGCAAGCUGAAGAUGAUUUUAGCCAUGGCGAGCAUGAUCUUCCUGAGUUUCAGGAUAGAGCUGAGAAACAGAAAACCUUAAGAGGAAAAGGAUCCAGGAAAGCUAAAGCCAACCUGAAAAGUUCUGGUUCUAUUUCAAUCAAACCUUCAUUUCCAAACAAGAAAAGGGUUCAGGUUCCACAGUGUCCUAUUUCAGAAACCCCAACACGCCAUCAAAAGUUAGAAGGUGAUUUAAUGGCUGAUCGAGCUAAGCAGAGUUCAAAAACACUAAAGGAGAAGCCUGUUCUAAAUGAAAAGGGAGAACCGGUGCUGUCACCUUUCUUUUGGUUGAAUGACAAAGAUGUAGAAAGUUUGAGUCAGUUUUCUUUCGGUGAUCAACUUACCGAUCUUCCAUCUCCAAAUGUUCCCGCAUUCAGUGAUAUCAAAGACUCAGAUGAUGAAAACUCUGUUAGAUUGACCCAACCGAUAUGUGCUACAGAGUUCUUUACUAAGCUGGGGGAAGUGCACGGUACAUCUGCUCAUGCUGCAGAUUUAUUUGAUAGUGAGAUUUUUGAAUGGACACAAAUACCUUGCUCUCCCGAACUCUUCCCAAGUCCUCCGAAGAUGCAGCUUUCACUGCAGGGAACUGAAAUGCAGGUUGGAGAGGAUGAAAACGAUAGAGUUCUAUUGAAGGAACUAAAAGAAAUCUUACAAAACAAGAAAUCAGUUGAGCUUUCUGCUAAAAGUGCAAGGUCUAAAAGAAACAAAAAAAGUACUGGAAAUAUGGAUUUUCUUCCAGAUCUUCCUGCUGCUGGAACUAACGCUGUUACUAAUGAAUCUGACAAGCGAGGUAGGAAGGCAAAGAAUCUCACUAAAAGAAAGUGUGCUACAAGUCAUACAGAUCCAGGAACAGAUAUUAAUGUCACUUCGAAGGGAUCUGAGGUAUUUUAUGAAGGACAAGCAUGUGAGAAUAACGGUAGUUCUUUGGCUAAGACUCGCAAAAGGAGUAAGAAGGAACAUUCAUCUGUUGUUGUAACCAAGCCCACAUAUGAAAAUGUUCAUGUCCUCUCUACCAGAGCUGAUAGUCGAAUUAAUGGUGAUGAAAACGGGAUAACUGUAUCACCUACUUCAUUGGGAAAGAAUGCAGGCGGUGAUGAACCGUUCAGUAAGAAAGCUGGAAAAAUGUGUAGGGAGGUCAAUGACAAGAACAAGAUUGACCGCCCAGUAAGGUCAAAAAAACAAAAGAUGGUCUCCAUGCGACAGACAAUGCUUGAGGAGGUAUCAGAAAUACAGAAGCAAGCAAAUAAGGAUACUCCUACUGAGUUGUCUCUUAUAAAUCUUCCUACGGAUAACCAGAAAGCCUCCGAAUCCCGGAAUAAAUCCAGAAAACUUGCUAGAAAAGACAAGUUGGGAGAUCGAGAACUGAAAAGGAACAAAAAGGUGAAAGUUUCUUCUGAUGACAACUCAAAGGACAAUACUUCUGUUGAGAUUGGAGAAGGUCAUGGGCAUGUUAAUGGAAAUGGAAAUCAACCUGCUGAGAAGAGCAAGGGCAAUUGUAAUGUUAAUUUGUUUGAUAUGUAUUUCUUUGUGUAA